UAUGGAGUGAAUUUAAAUUUACUGCAUUUGAAAGUCAAUUAUAUUUAGGAGCAGAAUCCCCCCUUCAAAAGAUUAUUGGAAAACACAGAUUUUAUGGAUAAUUUCAGGGGAGCUGAAGAUGGUCCAGUUAACAAACGAUUCAAGUACUGUUCUUCAAUGAAUUCAGACAAGAUCGACAUACUGGAUGAACCUAAAGCAUUGGGAUUGCGACUGAGGAAGAGUUCUUCAUUGUUGGAUUUGAUACAAAGGAGGCUUUCUCAAGGAAAUGUUGAUAAUGGCACACCAAUUCAAAACCAGAAGAAGAAGAAGAAGUACAAUGGAAGUGUCAAGGCCUCCAAUUUCCCUGCUUUCCUACUAAGAAUUGGCAACUGGGAGUAUGUUUCAAGAUUGGAAAGUGAUUUAGUUGUUAAAUACUACUUUUCGAAACGAAAACUUGUCUGGGAGAUUCUUGAUGGUGGUUUCAAGAGUAAGAUAGAGAUUUCUUGGUCGGAUAUACUGUCUUUGAAUGUUCACUGCCCUGAAACUGGACCUGGAUCCUUGUCUCUUGUGAUAGCUAGGAAACCGCUUUUCUACAAGGAGACAAAUCUAGAGCCUAAAAGGCAUACAAUAUGGAAGUUAACAGAGGAUUUUACACAUGGACAAGCGAGUUCUCACAGGCAACAUUUUCUGCAGUGUUCUCAAGGAGUAAUAAACAAACAUGUUGAGUUUUUUAACUUUCUGAGAGAAAAGUCUAAUGUUAUAACAGACUCGCUGUUAUUUGAAAGUCCAGAGGGAUCUUCUAGCUCCGGAUCAUCAUCAUUAUCAUUAUCAUCAUCAUCUUCACUUAAGAUUGACGGGCAACAUGAAAAAGAAGAUGAGUUUGUUAAUGAAGUUUCGGAUUUGGGAAUGAAUCAAGAUGAAGGUAUGAUCUCGGAGGCUGAGAAAAAAGAUGAAUUUAAGACUAUUUUGAACAACUUUACAGAAAUCUUGAUGAAUGACACACCAACAUUGACAGACCAUGUUGAUGAGAAGACCCUUAUGUCAAGGAUCAAUUCAUUUUGUAGUCUAUUGUAUGACUCAUUCGACCACAAUUCUUCAAUAUAUUCAACAAGAAUCUCAAACUGAAUUCUUGUUUUAUAUAUGUGAAGAUAAUGAUGUUGGUGAUGACUAUUUUAGCAGCAGGGGAUGGAAGUUGAGAAUUAGUUUUCCUUGAGGCUUAGAGGAUCAUGGUUCUGUUUUUGAAUAAUUUCCUUCUUCUUAGUUAAAAUUGGAUAAAUUUAAACUUUUUCUUACAAUUUUGUUUAUUAAACAGAGAA